AUGGAAGACCAUCCCAGGCCAGAAGAUGGGGAUACUGGUGUAAAGGCUGAUGAUAGGGAAGAAGUGGUGGUUUAUGCUGGUAUGGCAAAGACCUGGGGUAGAGGAACCACAUUCAUAAAGCUGUUUGAGUCUGACACUUAUACUGAGGAGAGGGCGAGCAAUCCAUAUUUUCCAUUCACUGGAAAACAAGACUGGGAGAUGGCGGCAUUCCUUCUUCAGUCGGACCUCAGCAUGGCAGACAUUGACGAGUUCCUCAAGCUUGAAUUUGUGAGUCUAUUUGUGUUUGUUUACUAUGGUUUCAUGACUGGUGACCAUGCUUGGGAACUUCAGGAAGAUUUGCCUGAUGGCGCGACCCUACUUGGUGUGGUGCUCUCCUCAGACAAGACCAAGGUCAGCAACCUUGCUGGCAACCACUAUGCCCAUCCGCUCCUCAUCACUCUCGCCAAUAUUGACCCUGAUGUACCUGCUAAAGGAUCUCUCCAGGCAUAUAUCCCUCUUGCUCUACUUCCUGUUGCAAAGUUUAUCAAUAGGGUUAAAUGCAUGCAUGGUGUUCUGGCAGACCGGUUACUUCAUCAAUGCAUUGAUAUUGUGAUUGAACCGUUGAAGCAAGCUGCAUGCCUGGGCAUCAUAAUGAGUGAUCUAGUGGGGUUUAGUAAAUAUUGUUUCACGCCCCUUGUUGCAUAUGUGGCCAAUACUUUAGAGGAGCUCAUCGCAUGCAUAACCAUAAAUGCAUCACCCGUCACUAUGGCUACACGUACCAACUUUGGGGAUCCAGACUGUCAACCUCUUCAUAAAGGCUCAUAUAUGCUUGCUAAUAUUCAAAAAGUUGUCGCCUUUGUCUCACCAUCCGACCUUGUGGCAUUUUUUGAGGAGUGCAAGCAAUACCACUUGAACAGUGUCCAAUGGCCAUUCUGGAUGGAUUGGGUCACCACAGAUCCUUCUUCUUUCCUGAUGCCAGAGUCGCUCCAUCAUUUUCACAAAAUGUUCUUUGACCAUGACUAUGUGUACCAGCAUUAUAUUGUUGGCAUUAUCGCUGGUGCUGCUCCCACCCAAUUCAUAAUGGCCAUCCGGACCCUUCUUGAAUUCAGAUAUCUUGUCCAAGCUCCACAAUUUUCUGAUGAAACACUAAUGGAGUUGGAUAACUGUCUUCGACUCUUCCAUGAACAUAAACAGGGUGUUGUUGAUGCAGGUGCCUGGAGAGGGAAGGAUGGCGGGUUUAAAUCAUGGGUAAUUCCCAAAUUAGAAUUGCUGCAAGGGGUGGUGCCAAGUAUCUGGUUGCUUGGCAUACUCACGCAGUGGUCUGCAGAUCCGACCAAACACACACAUAUCGCCAUCGUGAAGGUGCCUGCAAGAGCUGGAAACAAUCAUGACUAUGAUGCGCAAGUGUGUCGCCACCUUGACCGUCGUGAUAAAGUAGAUUGCUUUGAUCUUGCGCUUCACAUACAUGAACAGGAAGAAUGUGCUAUUGAUGAUGAAAGCGAUGAUGAGGACAUCAAUAGCAGGAUGGUCCGAUGUUCUAUCAAGGACUAUUUUUCAUGUGCCUGUGAACUCAUUGAUGGCGAUCAUCCAGAGGCACCUUAUCCCUAUCGCACGUUCUCAACCUCUGUUGCAGCUUACCAUCUUAGCUAUAGACCCACCCUCACAAAGAUGACUGUUGAUACAGCUGCCGACCACUUCUUGCUUCCUGACCUUCACCCUGCAAUAUCCGAUUAUCUAGACCAUAUUGAGGCACACAAUGACUUCCUAUUGGUGGCAGGCACCGAGCUCACCCUGGUUGUCCCCUUCCUUUUGAACACAUCUAAAUCUGGUGCAAUACUGGCAGAACCACCCUCAAAAAACUGGCCCUAUGGUCUGUAUGAUUUGGUCCUGAUCAAUACAGACAAAAUAUCCAAAUGGCCAAAGUGCAGUCUUGAAGGUCAGCCACUCCCGCUCCACGCAUGA